AUGGUUUCAAAAUUAAUUUCUCUCUCUGUCUUUUUCUCUAAUUUCCUUUCCCUCUUUCUUUCUCUUUCUCUCUCUCCCUUUCUUUCUUUCUUUCUUUCUUUCUUUCUUUCUUUCUUUCUCCUUCUUUUUCUAUUUUCUCCCACUCUUUCUUUGUUUCUUUCUUUCUUUAUCUAUCUUUCUCUCUUUCUCUGCAUCUCUCUUUUUCUAUUUUCUCUCUUUUUCUUUCUGUCUUUUUCUUUCUUUCACUUUCUAUCUUUCUCUGCCUCUUUCUUUUUCUAUUUUCUCCCUCUCUUUCUUUCUUUCUUUCUUUCUUUCUUUUUCUUUUUUCUUUCUUUCUUUCUUUCUUUCUUUCUUUUCUUUUCAUUCCUCUUUCUCUUUUCUCACUUUCUCUUUUUUUUUUUUCUUUCUUUUUCUUUCUUUUCUUUCUUUCUUUCUUUUUCUUUCUUUUCUUUCUUUCUUUCUUUCUUUAUCUUUCUCUCUUUCUCUGCAUCUCUCUUUUUCUAUUUUCUCUCUUUCUUUCUUUCUUUCUUUCUUUCUUUCUUUCUAGCUCUCUCUCUCUGCCCCUCUCUUUUUCUAUUUUCUUUCUCUCUUUCUUUCUCACUUUCUUUCUCUUUCUAUCUUUCUCUGUCUCUCUAUUUUUUCUAUUUUCUCUCUCUCUCUGCGCUAGGCCUUAAAUGUGAAGUCCUUCCGGGUCCUGAGUUCGUCAUCCGUAAGUACCGUUUCCAGAGAAAUAACUUCUCCGUGGAACAAUUCUACUACAAAGACUCAGAAUGUUCAACCCCGUUGUACGUCAUAAUGGCCAAAGGUCGUCUGAAGGCCCAAAGAUGGUCAAUGUUGGUGCAAGGGGGCACUGAUACUCGGUACCACUUAAACAGCGUACGUGUCCUUCCUUAUAGCUCCGAUGCUGCCUGGGACCUUCGGCGACGAGCAAUCCAGUCAUGUCCUUAUCUGGGAAAACUCCAUUGGAAACCUUUUCACCAGUACGGUAUUCUGAAAACAGCGUCCCAUGCCAUUAAAGACUGUACCGACCGUUUCGGUUGGACGAUGAACGAGUUCCAGUUGAUUAAACUCGAAAAACGCACCAUCUUUCAUGGUUAUCGAAUCAUGGAGAAUUCGGAACUCUUCACCGGAGCAAUACAUCUGGACAAUACGGUGCGAAAACACUUUUACCGGCCGACAGACUACCAGCCGGCACUGAUAAAGGACGAGUUUUUUGUCUUUUUUCUCCCAAUUUUCUUUCUUUCUUUCUUUGUUUUUUUUCAUUCUUUCUUUCUUUCAUUCAUUCAUUCUUUCUUUCUUUCAUUCUUUUUUUCUUUCAUUCUUUCUUUCAUUCUUUCAUUCUUUCAUUCAUUCAUUCUUUCUUUCUUUCAUUCUUUCUUUUUUUUCGUUCAUUCUUUCAUUCAUUCAUUCUUUCUUUCUUUCAUUCUUUCAUUCUCUUUUCGUUCAUUCUUUCUUUCUUUCAUUCAUUCUUUCAUUCUUUUUUCUUUUUUUGUCUUUUUCGCUCUCCCAAUUUUCUUUCUUUCUUUCUUUGUUUCUUUCAUUCUUUCUUUCUUUCUUUCUUUCAUUCAUUCAUUCUUUCUUUCUUUCAUUCUUUCUUUCUUUCAUUCUUUCUUUCAUUCUUUCAUUCUUUCUUUCAUUCAUUCUUUCUUUCUUUCAUUCUUUCUUUCUUUCUUUCAUUCUUUCAUUCAUUCAUUCUUUCUUUCUUUCAUUCUUUCUUUCUUUCUUUCAUUCUUUCUUUCUUUCAUUCUUUCUUUCAUUCUUUCAUUCUUUCUUUCUUUCUUUCAUUCAUUCAUUCUUUCUUUCUUUUCAUUCUUUCUUUCUUUCAUUCUUUUCUUUCAUUCUUUCUUUCUUUCAUUCAUUCAUUUCUUUCUUUCUUUCAUUUUUCUUUCUUUCUUUCAUUCUUUCUUUCAUUCUUUCUUUCUUUCAUUCAUUCAUUCUUUCUUUUUCUUUUCAUUAUUUCUUUCUUUCUCAAUUUUCCAUAAUCUAUCAAUAAAACAAACUAUUGCAUUUUCUUUCUUUUUAGUUUUUUUGUCUUUUUCGCUCUCCCAAUUUUCUUUCUUUCUUUCUUUGUUUCUUUCAUUCUUUCUUUCUUUCUUUCAUUCAUUCAUUCUUUCAUUCUUUCAUUCUUUCUUUCAUUCAUUCUUUCUUUCUUUCAUUCUUUCUUUCUUUCUUUCAUUCUUUCAUUCAUUCAUUCUUUCUUUCUUUCAUUCUUUCUUUCUUUCUUUCAUUCUUUCUUUCUUUCAUUCUUUCUUUCAUUCUUUCAUUCUUUCUUUCUUUCUUUCUUUCAUUCAUUCAUUCUUUCUUUCUUUCAUUCUUUCUUUCUUUCAUUCUUUCUUUCAUUCUUUCUUUCUUUCAUUCAUUCAUUCUUUCUUUCUUUCAUUCUUUCUUUCUUUCAUUCUUUCUUUCAUUCUUUCUUUCUUUCAUUCAUUCAUUCUUUCUUUCUUUCAUUAUUUCUUUCUUUCUCAAUUUUCCAUAAUCUAUCAAUAA